UACCAGAGAAAACGGUCGUUCGCAUUCAUCACUAGAAAGAAAAUUCCCGGACGAGCCCCCCACCAGAAGAAGUCAUCCUCCCCUAGAAGGAAGCAUCAUCGCCCAGGAAGUACAGUCCGCUGGAGAACCGUAGCCAGCAUAAAAGCGUACUUCCGCUCUUAUGCCCUACUUGCUUCUCCCCGGAUAUCCGAAAACUUUAAUCGUAAAGUCUUAAGGCAAAUUAAAAGGAAUUUGCGACAGGGAACAGUCAGUCGCUCUGACGGCUGACAUUUUGGUGGCUCCAGAGAGGAGCGUAUCGCAAAUUCUUUUAACUUGCUUAAGCUUUAUCAAAAGACUCUGGAAUAGUUGCUUUAAACUAUUUUGGAGAAUAUUUGUUGAAAAAAAAAAAAAAAAAAAUAUUAUCAUUGCCAUUAGCAGUAGAUAAUUUGAGUUUCGGGAACUUUCUAAAUAGAUUAACAUAGCAAUUCUCUGUACUAAAAUGGAGUUUGUGGCUAAUCCAAAUGGUCAUUGUCGCCUUUGCACGAAGAAAGAUCGUGCAAUGGUCGAAAUGAUAACUUGCGAUGAGUGCGAUAGGUGGUUCCAUUUAUCUUGUGUGAAUCUUGAUAAACGGCCACCAAGAUCAGAGGACUGGUACUGUAUGAAAUGCCAGCAGCGUAAAAAAGAAUACGCUGCAAUGACGAAGGACUUGGAAGUGACAAAUAUGGCACUCCAAGCAAAAAAUGGCAGCAGCAGGGCAAUUAUUGAGCUGAUGAGAAUACACGAGAGGACCAUGUUAUCCCUCGUGACUUCCAUUCAGAAUACGAACAUGAAAGAAGACGCAAUGUCAGUAAAUUCAGGAAACUCGAUUGAAUGGAAAAGUUAUUAUGAAACCUUGCCUAAGAUUAUCGGUAAUGCCAGAGGAAUGGAGCAGCAACCAAAGCUGCACCGAUAUGAUAUGCUGCAGCCAAGUACGACUGGUGGAACAACUGGAAUUACAAUAACCACUGGCUCAGAGGAGAACACAAGCGAUUCUGAAGAGUUAGAAUAUGAUAGUAAUGAAAAUGAUUUUGCCGGAUUCGAUGAGGACUCCGCUGGUAGCGAGAACGGAAUGUUAAGUUCUCCAAGAUCCUCAAGUACGAUUUCCGAUUUCACAAAUUCUGAAAAAGUCCAAGAACUGGAAGCAAAUCUUUGGUCGUCUACGGAAGCAUUUGGGGAAAAUGUGGUUGCCUCGGUGAGAAGUGCCACAUUAGGAUCUACCGACGAACAGAACAAAAUGGAAUCUGUUGUUGGUAUGGCACCAGCACCUGGGAAUGCAUUUGACAAUAGCGCUAAAGUUUUAGCUAUGUCUACCAUGGUGACUAAGCGAAAAGUCACCGCUCCUGUCAAUGCUCUCGAUGAAGCCUUCAGUGUACCCUUUGCAUAUGAAUGGAAAAGGGAAUUGGUUUAUUAUGCAAAUUUGGAUGGCAAUAGUAAAGAUACAAAUAAUUAUAUCAUCAUGCCACUACACGGGGGGUUAACGUCGGAUAAUUUUACGUUUAAGAAAGAUUCCGUGGGUGGAUCAUCAGAUGAAGAAAUUAUACGAAGUGCCAGAUCAUAUGGAUUAACGCCUCGACGACCUAUACCAGAACCACUUUCUGGAUACAAUUUGGGUAAACGAAUCCCAAAGACUAAAAUGCUCAAAGAAACAAGUACACCGCCAUGUGUGUCGUUGGUAUGUGCAUCAGUAAGUCCAUCAGGUAUAACUCCUUCAUUGCGCUCGAAUUCGCAAACCCCUCCUGAAUCAAGAGGAAUAAGAACUGGUUCCCAAGUUACCUUUGUGUGUCGAAUGAGGAACCAGGUAGCGAACCACCUUCGACUGUGGAAAAAUGUUCGAUUGAAGAAUUCGCUCGUUAAUGAUUGGACUGAAUUGGAAAAUAUUUUCCAAAAAAAAAAAACGGCACAAAGUAUCAGGGAGAUUGGAUUGGAGAAAAGUAUGCAGAGACUAAUAUUUGAAUGGAAAAUAUCAAUUUUAUUACUUCCAAACAUAACUUCGAUCCUGCUUGGACGAAAGACAAAAAAAAAAAAAUUAAUGUUCACAAAUGUUGAAAUAGAAGAAUUUUAAAGGGAAAUAAAAAUCAUGUUAAGGUAAGACAUUCAUUAUUUAGAAGAAAGAAGGAUGUUAAAGUACUAUACGCCCAAAAAAUUAUUAGUUAAAACAAAAUUAUAUCCCUUUAUUAACACCAAGAUUAGAGUCAUGAUAGCUCUUCUCUCACGUGUAGGGACUGCAGUAAACGCGUUUCCAUUUUAGUAUAAUGGAAUGAAUUAUUUUAGACCUUUCUAUGUUCAAAAGAUAGAAAUGUCAAAAAGGGGAGUUAUUUUCACUUGUUUAGUUACACGUGGAUACAUAUCGAAAUGGCAGAAAAUUUGAGUACCGAUGCCUUUUUCGUAUGCUUUAGGAAUUUUCAGUGUCGCAGAGGUAAAGUAACUCAGCUUUACAGCGACAACGGAACUAAUUUUGUUGGAGCCGAAAGAGAGUUGAAACGCCUCCUACAAGAACUCGACACAAGAAUGAGACAAGGAGAAGCCGCAGAGUUAGAAAUUUCAUGGGUGUUUAACCCUCCAGCGGCUCCACAUUUUGGAGGCGUAUGGGAGAGGUUAAUAGGAAUAAUAAAGAAGGCGCUUAGUGUCAUGAUAGACGAUAUGUCUAAAAGGACACCUACGAGUGAAGUGCUGCGAUCAGCCUUUAUUCAAGCGGAGUGGUUUGUUAAUUCACGUCCUUUGAUACAUAGAGCUUUAAAGGAUGUGAAUGAUGAGCUAUUAACCCCCUUCCAUGCGAUUUUAGGAAGGCCGGGACAAUAUGCACCAACCAUACGUCGAGAUGAUUUCACUCACGGAUGAGAACCAGGUACUCUACUACGCCAGCGACACGACGAGCAUCGUAAUCCACUGCCAGCAUACAAUAAUAUCGCCACCCUAUAAAGAGGCCGUAGUUAGGUUAGAUUUUGAUUGUAAAAUUCAAAGUAAUAAAAGUGUUAUAUAUGGAUUUGUGAAUAGGGAAGAAAGGAAAACAAACUUAUAUUUUAAAGAAAGAAUUCAAAUAGAUUUCAAUUUAGAGCAGAAUAAAACUGAAUUACCGAAAUUAAAUAAGCCUGCAAAUCCAUUUAAUAACAAAAUUUUUACAAUAUUAACAAAUGAUGAUAAGAAACAAGAUGUAGGUGAACCCAUAUUUGAAUAUGUAAUAAUGGGUGUAGGAUUGAUAGGUAUUAUGUACGUGGUAAUAGUUAUCUAUUUACGUAUUAAAAAAUGUAAUACAACACGAAAUUCCAGAAGACCGGCGGAGUGUUUGUUUCCACUUCCGCGAAAUACGGCUGAAAGUUCGUUAUAAAAUUAGGUCUUUGCAAUUAUUUAUAGGAAUAAUAAACUUAACAGAGAGGACGAACGCAAAUUUUAUCAUUAAUUCACGAUCAUUCAUUCAUGACAAUCGCUCGAUUAUCAAAUAGGGUAAACCUUCUAGAAGAUUUACGGGGCCGGGAAUGUCGAGCGUAGAGCUUGCGUCAGUUGCACUGGCAUUAUUAAAUUUAAUUAUCAACCACAAAAACAACGUGCUUAAAGGAGCACUAUGAUCGAGAAGCGAUUUGAACCGAUAAGGCGUUUCCGGCGCAGUCGUGAGAGCUAUUAAUUUUCCAUCAAUUCUCGCAUCCCAUGUGCAUCAAUAAGCGCUAAUUCAAAUAGCAAAGGAAGCUUAAGUUGGGUCGAGACGCCAGGUAAUCUGGUGCCGAUGGCAAUAGUAAAAUUAAUUAGCAAAGACCAUGACGAAAUGCGAAGGGACAAACAUAAACAAUUGCCCGAAAAGGAACAUUAAAUGAAUAUCGUCAAAUCAGCUCUCGGAAGGUUGCGGUAAUAAAAUAAUUUAAUACGUAAUUCCCGAAAGGACUGCAAUAAAAGAAGGAAAGGUAGUCUGGCGACGGUCAUGUUUGAGUCUGGUAGAAAUAUGAAUUGAUUACCCGUGCUGACAAAAACCAACAAGUUUUGAAAGCGUCGGUACGUGAUAGGGAAUAGAGAAGGAUAGCGCGAAAUGCAAGCGCAACAUUGAAUACCAAAUUCUAUGUAGUAGUGAGGUAGAUAGGAAUUAUUUACCCGUGCUGACGAAUGGUAACGUCAGCAUCUAAGGAGAAAGGGAGAUAGUAAUAAAUGUUGCACUGCAUGUCGUGCAACAUCUUUAAUAUUUUACCAUAAGAUUCAUGUAUAUAUAGUUUAAGAAAAUUAAAAAAUAAA